AUUGGUAGCUCAGUGUGAGAUCCGAACGCACCGCGCGCGCGCGCUCCCGUCAACGCGCCAUUUCCCAUCUACCUACCACCACCGUAGCGUUACACGAGUCCCAUUAGAAAAAAAAACAAUAGAACUCUAGACGAUAACUAUCGAUAAUUGCAAACCCAUUCGGUGCAACAGUGAGUGUGUGACUGCCAGUGAUGUGUUGUGUUCUUUUUUGAAAUGAAAAGGUGACUAGUUUUGCUUCUUUUUCAUAUAAUUAAGCAUUUCAUGUGUGGCUGCACUAAUCAUUGGCUGAUUCCUGGCGCGAGAAUGCGCGAUACUUUUGAUUAAAUCGGAGCUGAAAUGAAGGACAGGAUAGAUACAUCACAAACGCUUGACCUCUUACGAAGAACAAAAUUACAAAGGUGCGCGAUGCCGUCGCGACGGUGGUAGAGCACCGGAGGGCGGCCGGAUGCGGCCCGCGCGUGCCCGUCCGCCCGCCGCCUCCGUCACUUAGCGCCGCCCGCGCUCCCGCCGCGCUGCGACUAUGCGCAUGGCAAGCGCCCUGCCCACUCUGCUCGCGGUGCUGUGUGGUGCAGUGGCGGACGCGGGCGACAUGAUAGCCAACGUGAGCCGCGUGCGCCGCGCGCCACAGCCUCACUACUCGCACCGCGUCGUGACGGACGAGGAUUUCGACAUGACUGCGGCAGCGGCGUGGAAGCGCUCGCACUGGCGCGACAUGCAGUCCAUACUCCGGCGCGAGGGCAACCAGAAGGACGGCGUGCAGUGUUGCCCCUCCGUCCUCGAGAUGGUCACCAAGAAGGGGGGGCGCACCCCCACCGGUCUCUACGUGGAGCUGUACGAGGACGGGGAGAACCAACAGAGGCUGUUCGAGGUGUCGUGCGCCCCCAACGUGGUCGACAAGCCGUGCCGCUUCGUCGACGCGCGACUGUACAACGAAUCGAGGUGCAUCCAGAAGUACUCGUAUUCGUACGCCCUCGUGCGGUACCUGCACUCGGCCGCGACGGAGACGCCGCAGCCGCGGACCGAGGGCCACUUCUCCGUGCCGGGCUCCGGCGGCUGGUCUAUGGACUAUGUGCGAGUGCGCGCCGGUUGUGAGUGCCAAAUUAAACCCAAAACAAAUAAACCCGCCCGCAGAAGACACAAGCAGAGGAAGAGGAAUAGGAGAGUGGUGGAGGACGACGAGACCUGAUUCCGGGCUCAGUGCUAGUGAAUUCGUGACUUUGAACAAAUUUGGGAUCGUCCCUUAGUAUUACGUUUACAAAGAUACCUUUUCUGAUGUUUUCUCUUCGGUUCGGAACAGUGUCGUGUACAGAGCAGCGGCCGGGCGGUUUGUAGCGUCGCGCUGCGAGCUGCGGAUGGUUUCUCGUUACCUACUUCAAGUGCACACUUGAGCGGUACUCUGCUGUCGGUCGAUGUAUCAAUGUAUUUAUUUUAUUUUUCGUCUAUAUUACGCUUCUUGUUGUAGUCCGUUAGUUAGUCUCGAUCUUAUGAAAUUAAAGUGCCUUUUAGUGCCUUAGAUUUAAAUAGUUCACUAUGUUCUGGGAAUUGUUGAAAUUUUGAUUCCAAUGCGUUAUCUGUAUGUUAAGUAUUGAAUGUAAAGACUAAUGUCACACGAAUCGUUCAACUUCAAUGAUCAAAAUCUUGAACUAUUCGUUUGAAAUCAUCACAAGUUUAGUAAUGUUGAAUAAUGUAACCGAGGUGGUGUUAUUACCAUGUCCGACUCUUUAAUAUUCAUACAAAAUGAUAUUCGUGUGACACUCGCUUACAAACUACAUGAUAAUGUAAUAGUUACCGGUUGAUCGAGGUGCAUAGAUGUAAUAGGACUUCACUGCGCUGCCGCUACACUUCAAUUAAUUUUAAGUUAAAAAGCAACGUCUUGUAUGUACCACGUACUGCGAACGACACCAAUAACAGAAUGGUCGAUGGACUAGUAGUUCACUGAGCUUGGAUUUCCGAAGCUUGGCCAUUUCCCAAGUAAUGUGUUGGAAUCGGAUUGCAAGCUAGUAUUCAUCCAGAUGUCGAGCAUAUCAGUAUCGUACCGUUUCACAACUUUGCUGUUGAAGCAAUCCUUUACAAAUCUAUUAGGUAAUUAAUUGUUUUAAAAUGCCAUCCAUAGCUCUAUAAUAUCUAGCAUUUCUAGGUUCCCUUUAUGAUUGUCUUUCAUUAGUAUUUCUUCGUUUAUAGUACGUGAUACAUAUAUUUCGUUGUAAAUAACAGUAAAGAGCAGUCUGUGAUCACUUCUACACGUUCAAUAAGCCGUAGUGGAGUCACAAUGAUUCUCUUGCGAAACAAUUCCUUUAAUGGUAGUAGCUACCAUUUUAUCGAUAAAUGAGCACGAUAGGUAAAUCUAAAGAAUUUUAUAUUAAUUUGCCGAAUAUCUUUUGUCUUCUACUGAUCCAUUGCCUUGAUAUUAGAUUCAGAUACUAUAUAAUUCAUUAUUAAUAACUUUACCGAUAGUUCCCACAUUUUUUUUUCAUAUUUCUUAUUUUACCCUUUCCAAGCCAAUGCUUCUAGGUUUUGUCUAAAGCUUCAGCAAACUACAAAUUAUUGUUUCACACGAGAAUCAUUGCCAGAUAAAGUCGUUCCACUGAUUAUAAU